GAGAGGGCCGUGAAAACUAGGGCACAACAAAACUGACCCCUUUCCCUCAAACCAGAGGCACAGAUCCAACAGAGAGAGAGUGGGAGGGUGUAGGCUGGGGAAGAGAGAGACAUUUGUGAAAGGCUGUGUGGCUGUUAUUAAAGGAGUGAAGCCCGCGGAAAUCCACCAUCGACGUCCCCAGAAGUCCGAUGUCACCACAAGUUUGAAGUCCCUUCAAGUCUGAUCCAAGUGAGGACCUCGGCGCUACGCAUUUCCUCUUCAUUGUCCAUUUUCUGGUCAGUGUUUCCACGUACAAACUGCACCAUGCACAAGCGUACGAAGGUGAAGAUGACGUUCUUUGUGAUCCUGGUGGGUAUGGCGUCCAUGUUUACGGCGGUGGUGACGGACCAUUGGGCCGUGCUGAGCCCGCGGGUGGAGCAGGUGAACGCGACGUGUGAGGCGGCCCACUUUGGCCUCUGGAGGCUGUGUAAGAAGGUCAUCUACAUCAGUGAGGUGGACUACAAUGGAAAGGGUUGUGGACCCAUCAGCUUACCUGGAGCGGAGAACUGCACUUACUUCAAACACUUCACUCCUGGGGAUGAGUCUGAGAUUUUUGAAGUCAAAACCCAGAAAGAGUACAAUAUCUCGGCAGCGGCCAUCGCCAUCUUCAGCCUGGCCUUUAUGAUCCUGGGCACCUUGUGUCUCCUGUGCUCCUUCAAGAAGGGAAAUGACUACAUCCUCAAACCUGCCGGAAUGUUCUUCGCUUUCGCAGGUCUGUGCGCCAUCAUCUCAGUGGAGGUGAUGCGUCAGUCGGUAAAGCGGAUGAUCGAGAGCGAGGAAACCAUCUGGAUAGACUACUCCUACGCCUGGUCCUUCGCCUGUGCCUGCGCCGGCUUCUGCCUCCUCUUCCUCAGUGGCCUCGGCCUCCUCCUGCUCUCCAUGCCCCGCAUGCCCCAAAACCCCUGGGAGUCCUGCAUGGACGCUGAACACGAAGUGGAGUAAUAGACAGAGGGAUGAGACGAGGAAGAGAGUGACACUUUGUUUUAAAAGCAAUAAGAUCACGAUCAAGAUAAAACUUUGUGUUGUGAUGUAGUGGAACCAGAGGAUUAUUUCACACAGCGCUUGGGAGCAGUCGAGUCCUGCAUGCUUUCCCGAGUCAUAGUGGAGGACCACACAACAGUGUCAUUGUGUGUCUCCCAAGUUUACGCCGAUAUGAUGGUUAUUAUAUAAAUAUUUGCAGAUAAAAGGCAUUUCCACUGCCAUUUCUCGCAUAAUUAAUUUUACAGACACAUAAAACAUCCCACCAUGUCGAUUGAUGCAAAUUGUCUGUUUUAUAAAACUGCACCGGUAUUUCCUGUUUCCAUCAGCCCAGUCGUUAAUUAAUCAG